GCCCAUCCAUAGUGCGUCCCGGCUGCAGCGCCGCAAGUAGCAGAACCGGGUGCAACGCGGCGGAGAGGAGAACCCGUUACUUCUGCCGGUACCUCAGAUAGAUCCGCCCAGGGACAGCAUGGCGGACCGGGAGCAGUUGCUCCAGAGAGCCCGUUUGGCGGAGCAGGCGGAGAGAUAUGAAGAUAUGGCUGCAGCUAUGAAGUCGGUUACAGAACUCAAUGAACCAUUGUCUAAUGAGGAUCGGAACUUGCUGUCCGUCGCUUACAAGAAUGUAGUUGGCGCCCGAAGAUCCUCCUGGCGUGUUAUUAGCAGCAUCGAACAGAAGACUCUGGCCGACGGCAAUGAGAAGAAGCUGGAGAAGGUGAAGGCUUACAGAGAGAAGAUCGAGGCUGAGCUAGAAGGAGUAUGUAGUGAAGUGCUGUCGCUGCUCGAUAAGUUUCUGAUCAAGAAUUGCAAUGACUUCCAGUAUGAAAGCAAAGUGUUCUACCUGAAGAUGAAGGGGGAUUACUAUCGGUACCUCUCAGAAGUGGGUUCUGGGGACAGGAAGCGAAGCGUGACAGAAGCAUCUGAAGCUGCUUACAAGGAGGCCUUUGAGAUCAGCAAGGAACACAUGCAGCCAACUCACCCCAUUCGCCUGGGCUUGGCCCUAAAUUUCUCUGUCUUCUAUUAUGAGAUACAGGGUAACCCUGAACAGGCCUGUCUCCUGGCCAAGCAGGCCUUUGAUGAUGCUAUCGCUGAGCUGGACACGCUAAAUGAGGAUUCCUACAAGGACUCCACCCUCAUCAUGCAGCUCCUACGUGACAACCUGACCCUGUGGACAAGUGAUCAGCAAGAUGAAGAGACCGGUGAAGGAAAUAACUAAAGAGGGUUUUGCGUCUUGCUACAGCCCAUUACCUACCCGCUCCCCUCCACCACAUGCCACCCCCCACCGCUUCCCCUGACAUGUCCCUGUGCUUAUCAUAUCCGAAUCAUUGGCACAACUGCUCAUAUUGCUACGUGCCCGGGGAGACGGGUUACCGUGGCGUCCUCUUGGGCAUUGCUGGAUGGCGUUGGUGCAUCAGCCGUUACUCGGGCUGCCCUCGCAUAGAUCAGGGGAUUAGGGAAGCUGCUGUUACAGAGAGGCGCCCGCGCUCUCCUUGCCGAUAGGGCACGUACGGGCUGGAACGAUGCAAAGUGGUCCCGUUUUAUUUUGUAACGAAACUGGUUUUAGUUUCCAUUUGUGCAGCAUUCCCUGUGCAUGUAAAGGACUGCCCACUUUCUUUCUUUGCGUGUAAGCACCCCACAGUUUAGACUGUGGUUGGAUGCUGAUCCCAUAAAGUGAAAGAUGGGGGUCCACCUGUUUUUGUUAGCUAACAAUAGACGUUUUUUAAAUGUGAGCUUUGUGGAGUUUCUAUUUGCUCUUUUAACUUAUGUCGUGAUAACUCUGCACCCUUAUGAGUUUGAAUGCCCUGAAAGUACCUGUGUUUUUAUUUUUUAUUUCUAAUCAUUCUAAUUAUGCCGGUAAAUUUUCAAGGGCCUCAUUAUUUGGUUGUAAGCCUUGUGUAGGCCAGGCCUUCUCAGGACUGACUGCAUCUGCACAGUGUGUAUUAGCCUGUUAUGAAGGAUGCCAAUAAAAUGCCAGACACCCAAUAUAAAUGUUUUGGAAUUCUGUGGAUGAAAUAAAUGCUGCUUUGAGGAGAAUAUGA